AUGGUGGAUGUUUAUAGCUAUGGGAUUAUGCUCGUGGAGACAUUUACCAAAAAGAAGCCAACAUAUGAUAUGUUUGUUGAAGAGUUCACAAUGAGGAAAUGGGGGUUCGAAUCAUUCCCAGAUGCUAUAAUAAUGCAGAUAGUGGAUGUUGAUCUAAUGAAUGCAGUUCAAGAGAAUAUUGGAGCCAAAGAGAGCUGCUUUAGAUCAAUCAUGGGACUUGCACUAGAAUGCACGGUUCAUUGGCCCAACGAGAGGCUCAAUAUGAAAGAUGUUCUAACAAGGCUCGAGAAGAUCAAAACUGAAUUUUGUAAAGCAUAA